UGUCACUGCGAUGAUGGCGCUGCAGCUGAAGAACGGGGAUGCAGCGUACUACCAGAGUGCGGAAUAUUGCAGACAUUACACUUCGCCUCCCGUAAACUACGGUGACAGCAGGCAUUAUCUUGCCCGUUUGCCAGGACCAGAGACCAUGUUGAAGCCCCCUAUGAGUCUCUUCAGCCUCCCCCAUCAGCCUUUUCACCAUAUGGAUUCUCUGCACCAGCUGAGACCCCCACCAAUGGCGCCUACACAGACUCUUGGCCCGCCACCCCUUGCCCCUGCUCAGGCACUUGGACCUCCUACUAUGCUACCUACCCAGACUCUUGGGCCCCCGCCUCCUCACGUGUUAAGACAUCCCCUUAUUGCCCCCCCACACAGCUUAGGCCCCCCUCCAAUGGCCCCAACACAGCCAAUGGGGCCUCCACCAAUGGCACACACCUUGGGUCCCCCACCUGUAGAUCAUACACACGCAAUAGUGCCUCCAAACAUGGACUUUAUACAACCGUUGGGGCUUCCACCUUUAAACCUUGCACAGGCCCUGGUGCCUCCACCUGUAGUGGGACCCGGAGCCGGAAGAUUUUCCCUCCCUCCAAGCCCCAUGUGCUCCCCUCCUCCAAUGGGCCCAGACCCUUCACACCUGCCCCCAAUGCCCCCACGACCAGCCCUAAUCCCAGCCCAGAUGUCCUGUCUCCUCCCUGGCCCUCUCCUGGGUCAGGCAGCCCCAGCCAGCGAGCUGCCCCAGGAUGAGGGCUCUCUGCUGGGGAUGGAGGAGCAGGACGACUCACUGGGGGAACUCUGCAAACCACUGUACUGUAAACUCUGCAACGUGACCCUCAACUCUGCUCAGCAGGCGCAGGCGCACUACCAGGGAAAGAACCACAAUAAGAAGUUGAGAAAUUUCUAUGCUAGCAGUCAGCAGCCUCCAGCCACCAGGAUACCAGAGGUCCUCGAGGCGGCUGGCCAGACAUCCCUCAGCUCAGGACCAAACGACAGUGACGCAGGCAGACAGGCACAGUAUAAGGGAGCGACCCGGGUCAUCUUGGCCACAGAGAAUGACUAUUGUAAGCUGUGUGACGCCUCCUUCAGUUCACUGGCAGUUGCACAGGCCCACUACCAGGGCAAGAACCACGCCAAGAAACUACGACUCGCUGAGGCCCAACAAAACUCCAGUAACCUGGAGAGCAGCAAUGAGGCGGCCCCAAGAAGGAACAGGAAAGAUGGCAGUGAGUACAGACUGGUGAAGAACCGCCGCAGCCCACAGCUACCUGCUUCUAUGCCGGGGCCGUACUACAACCCGAGACCGAGGCAGCGCAUCCCCAGGGACUUGGCCAUGUGCGUGACUCCCAGCGGACAGUUCUACUGCUCCAUGUGUAACUGCGGAGCCGAGCAGGAGCCCGACUUCAGGCAGCAUCUUGAGAGCAAGCAGCACAAAGCAAAAGUGUCUGAGCUAAGAUACCGCCACGAGAUGGAGAACCUCGGCUACAGCUAAGAGACACAAGAGGAGAGUGGUCGGGGAGAUAACAGAAAGAGAGUAGAUUGACAGAGAAUAAGUGGGAGACAAAAAGAGAAGACCAAAGUGCAGGAGGGCAAAUACUUCCCUCUGUUAAAGGGGAACAUUCAGAGAAGAGAUUAGCACACAUGGCCUCAAGGUCUUGUUGCAAUUCAUUUGAUACGCUUAAAUCCUCAUAUUUAGCAUAAUGCUCCACAAUAUGAAGCUUCAAUGAGAUUUGAUGGAUUUAUUGGAUCCAGGUAUUACUCUUGAAAUGAUGUCUGUAUAUUGAGGCUUGUAACAUGUUUGCAGAUAACAGACAUGUAAAAACGAAUACAGAUUUUCGAUGCACAAGUCCUUUAUUUAGGCUCUGAGUCAGAUACAGUUUGAGACACUCCACUCUGUCUCAGUCUCCUCUGAGGCUUUGAGUGGGUUGCAUUGUGACUCAGGAGGCAGGUAAAUGCAAAUGGAUUGCAAGUAAAUCUUGAGCUUGAUCAGGCUGCAGGAAAAGGACUAGUGGUGCACAGAAAGCCAACAUCCCAGGAGAGGAGGCACAUUUGGUACAUGCACAGGGUUAAAGCAUUUACAAAGAAUGCAAAAUGUGGAAAAUAGCAAGAAACUGUUUGGUAGACUGUUUUGGUACUUGAAGAAUUGAAAAAAACACACGUGGUCAGACAUGUGUCCUCGUUGGGAUAACAAUCAACGCUGAGGACAAAGUUUGAGCCCUACAGGUAUUUUUUACAGGCCCUACAGAAGGGUCUUCAGGGCCACUUAUAGUGACCACCAUAAGCCACAAAUUCAACAUCUUUUUAACCUGACACAGGUUAUAAAUCCAAAGCUAAUUCAUAAAAAAACAAAGCACAACAAACAACAUCCUCUGUUAUAAACAGUGUUACAUGAAUCUAUAAGCCUUAGCCGACUUGUUAGCGGUUUUCUGGCGUGUUUCAGGCUGGAGGCUACAUCCUGGCUAGCCUUGUUUGUGCCUUUAGUGAGAAUUAGGCUAAAGAGUAAACUUUGGCUAGCCAUUUUGACAUAUAGUGGAAACCAAUCAAUGCUACUGAUUGGAUUUUUCUAUAAUCUGUGUCGCCUCUUUUAUUAUGAUAAAUCCACAUUAUGUAAAUAUUCUCAAAUGACAUUAAAGACGUACAUUUAGGAUAAUAUACAUGAAUAUUAUUUAAUCCUUUGGUUAAUGUUAGCCUAGAAUACAUUGUAAAUACUCAUCUAUCUCAUUUAAUUAUGAUCAGGAUCUUGUGUGCACUGACUGAAUGUCUCUCAGUACUGUUUGUGUGUGGAUGUUACUGUAGGCCCUUUAUAGCACUUUGGGCGAUGCCCUUGUUCAUUGCUAAAGUACCAUCUGUCUUGUUAAAAGCUGCUAGUCUCAUUAUUGUGACUGUGCCGGAGGAGAAGCUGUCUCUGAAGCUUCUUUUGAGGCAGAGUUCAAGCUUUAUCUCUUUCUAGUCAACUCAGCCAAACUGGCAUUGUGAUAGGAAGAAAUGUGACAAUAGAUCGGGAGUGAUGCAGAGAGCUGAAAGCAUUUGACUUAACUUUUAAUUAGAUUGCAAAUGAACAUGUUGAAGAGCUCAUGGAUGUUUUGGGUUGUAAGACACUCCAUUUAAUUCUCCCAACCAAUCGCAAUUCCCACAGGGGACAUUAACAGAUUUUAAUGCAGUGUGACGUGGCUGCAGACAACUCACGUGGAUUUUAUCGGAAUUUUUGUAAUGUUUUCUGUUGUUUUUAUAACUGACCCAGGUAGAUGCUUUUUUCAGUAUUCAACCCAUCCUGAAAACAUCAAUUGUGUAAUCGGAAUCAAAUUAGAUGUUCUCUUUCUGUUUAUUCGAUUAUCUGUUCCAGCUCAGUAGUGCUGAGCUGAACACAGCGCUGUGACUAAGUAUUUGGAGCAACUCUAUUAAGUAGUCAAUGUAUUAUUGUUUGA